UGAAUCGCUUUUCAAUGCGCACUGAAUCACCAGACCAUUCUACGUCUUAUAAAGAAGACAGUUUUAUAUGGAGCUAGAUUGAAGAGGCUUAGAUAUUAAAGGAUCAGACGUAUCUGAAGCAGAGGGCUGGCUUGAAAGGAGCUAGACCAGGGCCUGAGAAUCUCCCCGAGGCCGGUACUGCUGGAGACUAAGCCAAGGUUUUAAAAAUUCCAAUACAGAAAUCUAGUGUGGUACCCGUAAUUCAUUUUGUUUUCGCAUGCUCUUUUGAAUACAUGAAUGGGUUUUUUUUGCCUAGGAUACCAGACGUACAUAAACUUCAAGGCGCGGUGCACAAAAUACGCGUAUACGUGCCCUUUGAAAGGAAUCGCCAACUGACACAAACUUGUGAUAAACUAAAGCCAUGGAAACCCGAGAUAUCUCCAGCACAUUGAGUGAACUGGAGACAGGUGACAUCAGCACCUCUCUUGCCACCGAUUUGUCGAUAUCGGUGGAGGAUGAAUCGGAAAGCGACCGGCGGCGAAAUCGACAUGAUCGAAAAGGUUUCCAUCAGAAACAGCAGAGCAAGAUCACCAAACAGCUGAUCGAGCGUAAGCAGAUGAUACAUGAUCUGCAGUUGUUGAAAAUCGAACUGUCUCAGAAGAACUUGAUCAUCGACAACCUGAAAGCAGAACAAGUUAGCAAAGUCGAGGAACUGGAGGAGAGGCUUGCUGAUGCAGCUCAUCAAAAACAAAUUUUGCAGGCCAAGUUGGAGGCCCAGCUCAACAUCCACAAACAGGAUUCCAGACAGCGGCAGCAGCGUCUCCAGUCAGAACUGGACGCCAUCGUCAAACGGCAACAGCAGCUGGAGAGGACUAACGCCCAGCUGCAGAGGCGAGCCGGUGACGUGCGCAGCGUCCUGCGGGACCUGGAGUUGAGCGAGACGGACUACAUCGAGCUGAGGGCACUCUCUGAGGAGGAGCUGUCACUGCGGGAUUACGUCGCUGUGAAAUUGUAUGACAAAGUACGACCCCUCCAGAUUGAAUUGACUGACUUGAGAGGCUGGAACAGCACCCUAGAGCAGCAGGUCAACACUUACAAGGAAGACUUAGCAAGAGUGCAACAGACACUUAGCACAGAGCACAAUGCAAGAUCAGAGGCCGAAACCAAAUGCCAGCGUUUAACUCUGGAGUUAGCAGACACCAAGGCCUCCAUACAGCAGGGAGAUUACAAGAGGGAGAAUUACGACAGAAUCAAGAGUGAGAGAGACCACCUGGAACAUGACUACAUGGAGCUGAAGAAACAACACACAUACUUGGACGCAAUGUACAAGAACACUUCAAGUGAGAAGGAAGACGUGGCCAAGCAGUUGUCCACAGUGAACCAAGAGCUAUCCCUCCUCAGACAAGACAAAGAUUACCUGCACAGGCAGCUCAGUGAUCUGACUGGCAAGUAUAACCACACAGACAGUCGGCUGAGAGACACAGUCACGGACCUGGAGAAUGCCAAGAGGGCUCGGGAAGAGCUGUAUGAGAAAUACGUCGAGUCAAGGGAUCGGUACAAAGCAGAGUAUGAGAGCCGAUUACGUGAGGAGCUUGAGGCAAUAAGACUCCGAACAGAUACUGAGGUGGACAAGCUGAAAAAAACCACCAGAGAGAUGUUUGAACGAGAGAACAGGAAUCUGAGAGAGAAUCGCGAUGCCGCAAUAUCAGAGAAGGACAGAGCGGUGGCAGCAGAGAAGGAGUGCAGUGCCAAAUAUGAGCAACUGCUAGCAGAUUUGCGGCAGCUGCAGAUGACAUCGGACAGCAAGACCUCUGAGCUCCUUGGGGAGGUCAGGAUGCACAAGUUUGAGGCAGAGAGGGCCCACAUGCUGCAGGAGGAGGCGUUGCAGAACUUGGACAAGAUGCAGGUGGAGCUAGACAAGCUCCGUAAGAAGAUUCAGGUUUUAACCAAGGAGUACUACAGUUUGCAAACCUCCUCAGAGCGCAAGUCAACAGAGCUGGAAGCACAGAUCUCCGAGCUGCGUGCCAAGCUGGAUAUCUACGAGAAACUAGAAAAAGAGCUAGAUGACGUUGUCAUGCAGGCUGCAGAGAGUGACAAUGACGAGAUGGCAGAACGAGUUCUAUUUUCGUACGGUUACGGUGCUAACGUGCCAUCAACCGCAAAACGAAGACUACAGCACAGUGUACAUUUGGCAAGACGGGUGCUUCAGCUGGAGAGAAUCAACACCUCUCUAAAGAAGGAGCUUGAGAACAACAAGACACAGAUGCAUCAACUCGGGGAAGAGCUGUCCAGUGCCACAUCGCUGUUGGAUCAAGCUCAGCAGCCUUACAACUAUCUGAUUGAGAGCAUUCGUAGCAGAGACCACCAGAUAAAUAAGCACAAGACCCACAUCACUGCUCUGGAGGAGGAUAUUGGACGGUUAAAGAAGGAGCAAGAGGAGUUGAUUCAGACAAGGAAUCAGAUGUCUGCUGAUCUAGAAAGACUUCUCAAUCAAAGAGAGGAAAUGGCCGUCAUGAAGCAGGUAGUUUUAAACCUGAGCCAGCGCUACCAACCCAAGGCCACUGGCUCACAUCCUGGCCCAGUGCACAUUGAGAAAGUGCCAAACCAAGCUAAGAUGCACCCAUUCACUGACAAAAAGACAGCACCCAAACUAACGAAGUCACCCAGAGCUGAAGCUUACAGACCAGCUCCAACUAUCUUUACCUCAAAGGAUCCGCCGCAAUGGUACAGUAAGCUGAAAGAGCAGAACGCAUCCCAGAGAAGUCGCUACUCAACAGUCUACUCAACUGGGACAUAAUGCUCUACACACAGUGACCCAUACUGCCUGAGCCCCCCUCCCAUAUUUCUCAAUACAUGAGUUCAACAGGCCAAUCUAUUGAUGAAGUCACACUUCGUUUGCAUUUAUGCCGUCCUGUGGAGCUUCAAAUCUGCCAUCCUCGCCUGGCUCCAAUAGGAAAGCACACAUGUAAACCAAACGUAUCAUAAGUGCACUGGCUAUUCUAAGGAAUGCCAAGGCUUACCCUAAGUAGCCGGGUGCAACAGGGUUGGGGUUAUGAUUGUUCCCCCCCCCCAUGUCUAAAACCCUCUCUAAUCCUACUGAUGCUUGGGUCCUUUCCUGCCUUAAUACCGCAUAUUGUCUGACCCCCUGUCCACAGGCAGUCCUUUCUUUGAGGAUCCUGCUAAUGCAUAGCAUGUGGAUGUCUUCACCUGCCAAAAUUGGCAAGAAUUUCAUAUUUUUUCAUCUACUUCCUGCCAAAAAUGACUCCUCGAUCUUGCUGUGUAAAAGGAAGACUUCUCGAGGCUUCACAGGUGUCUCUGGACUCAUGCACACCUUGUAAGAAGUUAAAAAUUAAGGUCAGCUGUACAAAAUUCCCAGAAGUAAGGAUUGCCUGUCCAAUAAAAUUUGAAUAAAAAAAAAUUAAAUGAAAUUUUUUAUGAUCCAAAUUGCUGACUUGAAUUGAUGUGUAAUGUUUAAGUGCUUAAAGUUUGAAUUGUUGCCCUAUAGUUUGCAGGAAAUGCUUUCAUUUCCUGCUAUUGUCUUCUGCGAUACCACUAUUGGUAAAGUUGAAAUACAAGACAUAAAAUCACUACACCCCCCUUUCCUCAUAGCCUGAGACCCACCCCUGAAAGGUAACUUUGUUGUUGGAUGAAAGUUACAAACACUUUGCCAUUCAACUACUUGACCAGCAUGGUCAAAACACUCCGGCAGUCAAUGUCAUAAUGCAUCUUUUGCACUUCAUGGUGAUUACUUACCAAUUACGGCUUGCAUGCCAAUUGGUGUCUGUCUCUUUGUGUUGCCAAGAGAUGCAGUACAUCAGGAGUUCAAAACUUUGAAAUAAUUGAGUAAUUUUCUACAAGUUGCUCAAAACAAGCCAUUAAAAAAAAUACUUUAAACAGAUGUUAAUGACAAAAGAUAUACUAAGUUAAGGUAAUGCGAUAAAAAGGCAAAGGUUCUUUCCUCGCUUUGCACCAAUGAGGCCCGGGUUUGAGUCCCGGCUUGGCCCAGGCUUUAAGCGCAUUUGGUUUCCAGUCCAUACUCGCUCUCGCAGGUUUUGUCUGGGUACUCUGGUUUCCUCCUGCCUCUAAAAGUGGACCUUCUUCCCUUCCUAGCUCCGUAAUGUGAUGCUGAUUAAUAAAGUGUAUGAAUAGACGUACAGUUAUUGGCGCAAAUAGCCUGAGUUGCUGAAAGCACCAUUGAAACAAAACAACAACAUUCCUCCUUUACUUCUCUUAUAUUCUUUCCUGGACCAUCCUUAUAAGGAAUAGGAUUCUCAGGGACAUAAGGCAAACCAGGAGCCGAACUUAGAUGGCCAUUUCAACUUAUUGUUGAGAAAAGAAGUCUACUGAUGCUGCAACAUGCCACUUUUUUUCUUUCAGAAGUAUAUUUGUUAGAUCUGGAAUUCACCCAGUGAUUGGCAGCUAUCAUUUUAUUAUUUUUUUUAAAUUGUAAAUAUUUCACAAAGGCCCCGAAAAUUGAGACAUCCCAGCCCCCAAAAUCAUGGGUUUUAUACUCCUUUAAUUUUAAAACUUGAGGAGCUGUUGACAGCAAUUUCCAUCAUUGUAGUUUUCAAGAGAAUUGUUGUGAUUCCAUUUGUGAUUUCCUCAGUAUUUUUGUUGUUUCCAAAUAGAAUCCAGAAAUCUCACGUUUACAUUGAAUUCGGGCAUUCUUUCAAUUGUGUAUAACAUGAAAUAUGCCAUUUGUUUUAUUUGAAUAUAUAUUGAU